AUGAGUUCGCCUCCGCGUACUCCCCACACAUUCCGCCAAAUCUUACCCCCCUUUCUCACUAAAUUCCGUCCUAAGAAAAGCGUUUUACGUCUUGGCGCGGUGGCCAAUUUCAAGGCCUGGAGACAAGCCGGGACAGGCCCAAGUAUUCUUAGCGUAAGCUGGACCUCGUCACCUUUCUACAUAGUAUCGGCAGCGACCCUCUCUAGCAGGGGUCGGUUUAUGUGGUACGGUACAGGUUACCUUACCGAUGGAACCGCCCUGGAUUCGAAGAAGCAUCUGCUGGAUCUCACCGGAGCAGCCAACUCGCUCUUAUGGCCGCAGCUAGAAAAGCCAUCAAUUAACUGA